AUAACCCAAUUCAUAACCCAACUCAACUGAACAUCCAUACAUUCUUAACCAUGUCUUUCGACUCUCAAUCUAACGCUAACAACGCUGGUCUCAACGCUACCAGGCCCACGCAUCACAUUCAUGACUCCUCUGAACCUCUUCCUGGCUCGGGUGCACGCAAUGCAACCUCUGCGCAGGACUACACUCCCGCAAAUAUCGAGCGUACACCCAGCUCUGCCAUCCACGAAUCUUCUACACCUUCAGACGCGCUUUCUCAGCGGAGCACUGGAGGGUACGACUCUCCCGAUUCUACACGUGCCACUAUGGGCUCUCCUGCAGUAGGGACUGGUGCGGGUGGAGCAUCUCAUAUCUCAUACAACCAGCAGAAAAGCUCGCAGGGGAAGUCUGCUUUGGAUAGCGACCGGCAGCCGGACGUGCAGCCUUCCAGCGCAGGUGGGGUAGCCGUAGGUGGGCAAGAUGAUUCAACGCAAGGCCAUGCCACAAUGAGUGACAAAAUCGUCGGAAAGACUCAGAAGGUCAUGGGCAAAUACAUGAAUAAGCCUGCUAUGCACGACAAGGGAGAGGUGCGGGAGACUUCUGGGAAAGAUGCAGCACAAACAAUGGGCAGGACUGCCCACGAUUAAACGAUAUUUAAAUCGCAGUGACGUUUAUUUACUCGAUAAUUAAUCCAUUCUGGCAUGCGCUGGUGUUGUAGCCAUAGCUUUAUACGAUGGAUGGAACCACUGUAUUAUGUUAUUUCACAAAUUUACUCGGAACUUUUCUUGCACACCAUAAAUUGUUUG